CUCAAUAUGGCUUUAGCCGCAAGCAGGACGCUCUUGGCGCUACUUGUUACGUUUUGCGCACCAGGAUGCGGAUGGGCAGCAGAGAAGCCCCUACGGUCACCAAAUGGGAAACAGACAUCUGCGGAUAAGGGCUUGAGAGAGAGCUGGGAACCAUCCAUUCAUCUGGAUGGAAGACCUGUGGACCGCUUCGUCAUCAGCUCCAACAAACACACGAGGUCUCACCGCUUCACUAAAGGAAAGGACAGUCGCUCGCAUCUACUGGGGGAUGUAGACCCUGAAUGGGUUAACCUGGAUGGCUUUGCUGUGUUGGGCGGUGCGCCAGUCAGGAACUCAUCAGCAGGUCAAGUCAGGCCUUCACACACUGCUGUGAGACAUCGGCCCUCAAUACAGCGGGCCGCCAGGGGGAACAGAACAGCCCCGUUGAGAGUGUUUAAUUCCAGGACACACAAGAGGGCCCCUCAGUCUUCCUCGGGUCCCAGGCAGCCUGAGAGAGCUUUGCCAGGUGCUCCUACUUUGAAAAGGAGACGCCAACACCACACCAAGCCUCAAUCUGACCAGAGAAUCCGAAAGACAGCAAAACAAACAUCUGAGUCCGUUCAUGUGGUGUCAAUGCAGGCAGAGAAAGCCCCGGGCAGGAGCGCACCCGCCAACAGAGAAGUCGCAACAAAAAGAACUCCACCAGAGCCACCAGAGUACGAGCCCAAGGACAUCAGUGUCCGGGUCAUGUCUCCUCAGUCAGUCCUCAUCUCAUGGGUGGACCCUGCUGUGGAGAAGGGAAAAGUCGGCCCUGGGGUAAUCAGAUCCUACACAAUUAAGUACAGGGAGAAAGGUGAAUCAGCACGCUGGGAGUACAAGGACAGCAGCCAGAGGAGGAUGAUGAUCGACACCCUGUCUGCUGACGGCAUGUAUGAGUUCUCUGUCAGAAUCUCUCAGGGGGAAAAUCACGGAAAGUGGAGCACUUCUGUCUUUCAAAGGACCCCUGAAUCAGCACCAUCUGGGCCACCAGAGAACUUUGAGGUCAAGUCACUACGAGGGAAAGGAACGGCUGUCAUAGCAACAUGGGAUCCACCUGAAGAACCCAAUGGGAAGAUCAGAGAGUACAUCCUGUCUUAUGCUCCUGCUAUGAAGCCAUUUGGAAUGAAAAGUGUGACGUACCGUGGCAGCAGCAGCACCACCACGGUAGAUGGUCUCACACCGGGAGAACGGUACAUCUUCAAGAUUAGAGCCACCAACAGGAGGGGCCAGGGACCACAGAGCAAGGUCCUCAGUGUUGUCAUGCCAGGAUCCAGCAGCGCUGUCUCGUCGUUCUCAAAAACCAAGGAAAGCCGCAGGACUGUCCAAACUCCUUCCAAACAGGAUACCGGCCAUGAUGAAUCUGACCUCCAGUCAACAAAGGUGACGGAAGUCCGAACCACAACCCCUCAGCCACGCUCUGCUGCACCGGUCAACAGGCGUGUACGCCCACUUUCCCAGUCACGCUCCUAUCACGGCAUCUUCUCCUCUGUAAGGGGCUCAGUCAGAAACAAAGUCAACAGUGGGUCCUCCAGAGGAAGAGUUCAAGAUAGAGAAGAGGAGGAGGAGGAAGAGAAAAUAACUACAACGGCAUCUCCAGUCGAAGAGACGACAACCAUGGAGACAAAACAACCAGACAAUGAUGUUUCCCCUGAAUUUGAAGAUGAAGUGGGAUAUGACGAAGUGCCUCUGACUACUGAGACCCCCAGACUCAAAGUUUCAACGCCAUCCCCAAUUAAACCUCGUCCCAAUCAUCCUCCCAGGAGGCCCAUUAAGAUCAGGGUUCAUAAAAAACCAAUAUCCAAAGAUGCUUCCUCUUCUUCACCCUCCUUAUCUUCUGCCACCUCGCCCGCUUCCUCCUCUUCUUUCGAUUCCUCCUUAUCGUCUACCUCCUCAUCACGUAUUCAAGAGUCAACUGCAAAUAGAAAGAACUAUGUGGCUUCAUCAUACCCAAAGAGCAAAGACACCUACGAUAAGCCCAGCAUAUCGCAUACUAAACCCUCGUCCACAGUUGUAAAAGAGACCAAUUCACAGCAGACAGACGCUACAUCUGUUGGAGGAGGUUUGGUUCCAGUGGGGCGCACCAAGGGGGCUGGGUUGGGCUCUAGAUAUGGCUACGGUCGAAGACUUCCUGGAAAUGUGUUUAGGGGGAAUUCAACUCGAAUACUGAAUGGUAAGAAACCUGCUGUUACCUCACAGUUGAAUUUACCAAGCAGAACUCGAAACCAAGGAACUUCCAACACACAAAGCUCAGCAACAUCACAGUCCACUUUACCAGACAGGAGAUCACCUGUGCGAGACGCAACAUACAGGGAGGGAAAUGAUGACAUCAAGAACAAAGACACUGAAGUAAUCCAAGUUGAAGAGCCUACUUCGAGCUCUAAACCACAACCCACAGAGGAGGAGAGAGGGGAGGGCAGGGCAAAGGAAGAGAGCAGCAAUGACAAAUUGGUGGUUUCUCGGACCAGAAUUAGCCCCUCAUUUGCUGAAAGGUUCCCUUGGCUAGUUACCCGUUACCCAGGCAUGUUUGGUUCAGGGACGAGAGCUUCAUCCCCCAGGCAGGAGGGUAGGGCCUCCUUGGCCAGGACCUCAUCCUCUAUGGGGGAUGGUCGACCCAUCUUGAGAGGGACACCUACUCGGGUGUCAGGGGCCACAGGUGCUGCAGGAGUAUCCAUGAUACAGGUGACUAGUGACAAUCUGAGGACUCAUGAUUCACUAAAGAAUGGGGUGGGCGUGGGUUCUGUUAAGCCUUCUUUGACUAAUACAAAUACAGCCUCUAGUGACACUAGAAACCCAACUACCUCAUCCUCUUCAUCAUCUUCCUCUUUAGCAGCAACUUCUUCAAAUUCUGAUUCCCAUUAUUCCUCAAGUAGACGCAGAGCCUCAAAUGAGCCAGUCCCUAGAGCAACCGCGAAUAACAAUAAUAAUGAUCAUAAUGAAGAUUAUCUCGAUGAAAAGAGAAGAGAAAUCAGUGGAAAAAAUGAUAACGUUGCUUUAACUUCAGCUGACCGCAACAGCGAUGUAGAGGACAAUGAUAGUGUGGAUACAAAGAAAACUUUUUCCAGUACAAGACCUGCAUCACCGUCUGGAGGCUCUCAAUCGUAUCGUCGUCCUGGUGUGGGGGGGAACGGGAGGGGACACUCUCCUCUGCUUGCUAAGCGGCAUUUUGGUGGAUCUUGGCUUCCCAUCAGAACACAGCCAGCACAGAACUCAAGGAUGGGUUCUUCAGCGUCCGAUUCCUCCUCAUCAUCAUCUGACUCCUCUUCCUCAAAUUCGCCAGUUUGGACCUCAGAUCGUGACGUCGGUAGUCAUACUACUGUGACAAAGACGGGGGGAUUAAUUGGAGGCAACUCUCAGUCGGCGUCGUCAUCCUCAGCAUCUUCAUCCUCAUCUAGGGGCCAGGGAGGUCGGCCUCGCUAUCCCAUUGUCAGAGGGAAACCAACCAAUGGAGGACAACUCAAGCCUAACAACGGAAACGGUAAAAAUGGAAGACCACACCUGACAGCUACAAGUGAUAACGAUUCCUCUUCCUCUCGUGGAACCAGCAAGGCCGUUGGUCAAAGGUUUAUCACAGGACCUGAUGGAACCAAAUGGAUAGUAGACUUGGAUCGAGGGGUUCUUAUGAACCAAGAUGGUCGAGUUCUCCAGGACUCCCAGGGCCGGCCUAAGAGAGUGGUGCUUGGAGAGGACGGGCGCACGAUUUUUGACCACAUGGGCAGUCCUCUGUUAAACCAGGAAGGUAUGGCUCUGUUUGGGCCCGGCCGAGAAAGUCGGCCAGUGGUUAAUCCUAAAGAAAAGGUCCUCAUGGUUGGAGGGAAACCUUUACGCGGCUUGGACCUUGCUCACCUCAGGACCACCACCACCACCAGUACCACUACCACCACCAUGGCUCCUACCACCACACCUGAACCUACCACCACGAACUGGAUAUACCCAACCUGUCCACCUGGAACUUUCUACAAAAAAGAUGAAUAUGGGUAUCCAGUACUGGAUGAAGAAGGAAUAUUGAACUGUUAUCCAGAAGAGGAAUCCUCAGGAAUGGAAAUGGACUACAUGCUGACAGUGACCAUGGCGCCUGAUGCUUUAGUUCUUAAGAAAGAUGAUCUUUUUGUCCAGACCACCCGGACCCCCACCACCACCACCACCACCACCACCACCCUGACCCCCGCCACCACGACAGAGAUCCCGUCUCCACAGCCAGACACCAGACCGGUCAACCACGGCCCAUCAGCUGAGCUGGACCUGAGUGGGAAGAAGCGAUUCACAGCUCCCUAUGUGAACUACAUCCAGAAGGACCCGGCUUCGCCUUGCUCCCUGACGGAGGCUCUGGAGUAUCUUCAGGUUGACGUCCUAGUAGGCCUGUUUGAGAAGGACCGCCUGGCAGCCAAUCAGAAUCAGCCUCCCAAAAACAAGCCUCAUAACCUCACUGUGGUUGCCAUGGAGGGCUGCCACUCAUUCAUCAUCCUGGACUGGAGUCGCCCACUGAUUGAUGAUAUGGUGUCAGGCUACCUGGUCUACAGUGCUUCCUAUGACGAUGUGCUCAACAAUAGAUGGGCCACUAAACCCUCCAGCGGGUCACACCUCCCUUUGGAGAAUCUCAAACCAAACUCUAGGUACUACUACAAAGUGCGGGCCAAGAACGUGUUCGGUUUGGGACCCGUCAGCGAUACGCUCACCUAUGUCACCGAAUCAGACGAUCCUCUCCUCAUUGAAAGACCACCUGGUGGAGAACCAAUCUGGAUUCCCUUUAGUUUCAAGUAUAACUCCGCCCACAGCAGCUGUAAGGGCAGCCAGUACGUCAAGCGGACGUGGUACAGGAAGUUCGUGGGUGUGGUUUUGUGUAACUCACUGCGAUACAAGAUCUUCAUGGGAGAUGGUCUUAGAGAUCCCUUUUACAGUAUAGGGGACACAUUUGGCCAGGGAGAUGACCAUUGCCAGUUUGUGGACUCCUACAGGGAUGGAAGGACAGGUCCGGCCUACCUCUCAAAUAAUCUGCCCGCGGCACAAGGAUUUUAUCGUGCCUACAGACAGCAGCCGGUUUCAUUUGGAGUUAUUGGUCGACGCACGCCCCGUCCAUUCGUGGGCUGGUAUGAGUGCGGGGUACCCAUCCCCGGGAAGUGGUAGAACAGGAGGAUUGGGAGACAUUGUUACCGCGGGCAACCCUUCUGUAUCCUGUCGCAGGCUCUUACCGGCCGUGGUCCUGCCAUUAAAAACAGACUUUUGCCUGCCACAAUGAAAUGACACCACUACGAAUUUAUAAGAGCGUCACAGAAAGAGAAUAUAGUACUUUUUAAACAACUCAAUGUAUAUCAUUACGAUGCACUUUUUUAUAUAAAGCAAUCUGUAUAUGAGGGGAAGAAAAUAAGCAUGUGUGCUUUUGCUUCAUGUAUCUCUGGCCUUAAAGUGUCCUUGUACUAUUCCCAACUAUCCCAAAGACGGGUCCUCACCCAGUGUUAUUUAUCUCAUCAAUAAUGCCUUCACACAGUCAAACCAGUGACAUUGGACCAAAGCACAAGCUGCAAAGCAAACUGUAAGAAUGGGCACUUAAGGUGUGUAUAGGUCUGUUCAUUUUCAAUCGUGAGAUUUGUAUUUCAUAAUGUAAUGGCUUCUGACAGCUACUUUGUUUGUUUAUUUGUGUUCUGAAACCAGCAUACUGUUUUUUUACAUACUUUUGUAAUGCACCAGAAUUCAUUACAAGUUACUGUGUAAGUUUUGUACGUAUACAGACAAAGAAUAAAAAGACCAAAUAUUUGCUCAGGAAUUGUGAGAGACUGAAUAAACCACAGCCAUCCAAAAACAUGAAUCAUAUCAUAUUCUCCUGCUGCCACAUUAUUUUCUCGCAAAAGCUUCCAAACGUGAACCAGAUCCCCUCAAUUAACCUAACUGUUAAAGUCUGAUGAAAUGUCAAAAACAACAUAAUGUAGACAGAACCAUGUGAGGGGGAAGAGGGAAUACUGGUUCAGUGGCAUUUUAACACACUACCCCAUAAUUGUCCACUUUUU